UCCAUGGCUCGCACCAAGCAGACCGCGCGCAAGUCCACCGGCGGCAAGGCGCCGCGCAAGCAGCUGGCCACCAAGGCCGCCCGCAAGAGCGCGCCGGCCACCGGCGGCGUCAAGAAGCCGCACCGCUACCGGCCCGGUACCGUGGCGCUGCGCGAGAUCCGCCGCUACCAGAAGUCCACCGAGCUGCUGAUCCGCAAGCUGCCGUUCCAGCGCCUGGUGCGCGAGAUCGCGCAGGACUUCAAGACCGACCUGCGCUUCCAGAGCUCGGCGGUCAUGGCGCUGCAGGAGGCCUGCGAGGCCUACCUGGUGGGGCUGUUCGAGGACACCAACCUGUGCGCUAUCCACGCCAAGCGCGUCACCAUCAUGCCCAAGGACAUCCAGCUGGCGCGCCGUAUCCGCGGGGAGAGGGCCUGAGCUCCAA